UAUAUAUAUAGCUCUCUGGCAAAACAUAUUUAUAUCCCCCUUUAUCACUAUUCCUGAACAAUUAAUUCACCUGAUGGAUCCUCCAUAAUUUUAGUGUGCGGUUUCCAUAGAGCGAAGCCGAAAGAGCAGGUGGGGAGGUCUUGGCGGGUCGGCCACGAGUCAUACUUGCAGGUGCCGAGGUGGAGGAUAUAUAUAUAUUUCUCGUUCCGCCUUGGAUUAUUUAUUCUCCAAUUUCCCGCUUUUUAACCUUUGGCCUGAGUAAUUUCUUUUGACCAGUUCAGAAAUUCUGCGAAGUACAUAACAUUCUGCCUCGGCCCUGACUUAACCCCCAACCACAUCCAUAAUGGCGACACCAGAUCUCCCCCCACAGACCCUGAAGAUUGGGGAAUACACUUUCACCAUCUCCGAAGGCAAAGAUGAGGAUAUCCCUGGCUUUGUCGAAGCUUUCGAUGCCGCUUUCGCGGAUAAUCUGCUUUUCAGUACUAUGAGCGGGACUGUGGACCGCGCGGUGUUGAGGGAGAAAGAUAUUGCGUUCUGGAAAGGGCAAUGGACGAUGAGUGGGCGAAGGCACUUCAAGGUUGUUGAUGAGGCGACUGGAAAAAUUGCAGCUGUUACCCGCUGGUGGUUCCCUCACACCCUGACGUCUGAGGAGGUAGCCAAAGCCGAGGCGGCCAAGAACGGCCCUCAGCCGGAGCCUGUGCCAGGGACGAAUGUCGGGGUGACGGAGGAGUUCGUGAAGCAGUUGAAUGAUUACCGGGACAAGUGGGUGACGAAUGAUGAUAUGUACAUGAUGAACAUUCUCGCCGUCGUCCCUGCGUACCAGCGGCUCGGUUUGGGAAAGGCGCUGCUGGUGCCUGUGCUAAAGAUGGCUGAUAAGGAGGGCAAGAAGACGUAUAUUGAAGCGUCUGAAGCGGGCGAGAAGCUGUAUCGCAGGCUUGGCUGGGUGAAAACUGGAGAUACGCUUAGCCUUGAUUUUACAAAGUAUGGGGCGGAGGGAAGGGUCGAUCUCCAGCUUAUGAUGAGGGAGCCAGGGGCAGGGAUUCCGCUAUGAGCUGCGAGGAGCGAUGAGAAUAGAGGGAAAGUGAGGAGCGAUAUGAGUAUAGCGAGAAGAUAAGAUGGAUGGUUAUUUACUCCGUAUAUAUACGACGUUGGAAUAUGAGCUCGUCCGUUUGCAUGUCCCAGUGCGCCUCAUCCAAUUGGAUGGGUGCUUGACUGCAUAAGUUUCCAAUGCGUGACAUACAUGAUUAAUCUGUACAAACUCAGUGGUACUCUUGCAAUCGCUGGGUAUU